AUGGAUAAUGCUAGCAACAACAACACUACCACAUCCACCCCCGUCCCCCUCCCAAGGGAGGCGGCGGAACCUCUGACGGAAGAGGACUACAAGGAGAUCCAAGAUGUGCUGGAAACGGUAGCGACUCACCCUUACCAGUACUCGGAACACGUUAAGUGCAUUGGCCUGCUCCGUCGCGCAUUCCUUACGGCUCAGGAGGAUCGGAAACCGCUGCUGCGUGAGCUCCGCGCCGCCCGAGAAACCAUGAUCUCGAUAUUCCCCAUGGUCGAGAACAUGUGGCUGGAGUGGAUUGAGGAUGAGCGGUGUGAGGCGGAUACCUUCGAGGAGCGGUGGAAGCUGAUGGAUCUCUGCACCCGGGCUGUGACGGACCAGGUUGCCAGCGUGAAGCUGUUCAAGGCGUACGCGGAUUUUGUGGAGGCACAGCACGUGUAUGCGAACUCCGCGGGGAAGGGCAAGAUGGUCGAGGAGCAGCUCAAUGCGUUGAAGGAGCUCUUCCAGCACGAGGUUGUGGUGGAUACGUACCGGCAGGGUGCCGAGGCUACAAUAAACGACAUUGCGAGCAGUCACCUGCUCUGGGACAAGUACCGGGAUCUCGUGUUGCAGGAUCUGGCGAAGGACCCAACCGCGGAGAAGAUCGAUCAUGUGUACAAGAUGUAUAGGGAUCGUCUCCGGGUGCCGCACGCAACAAUAUCACACACGUUCGCCGCUUUUAGCCAGUUUGUUACGCAGUAUGACAAUGCCAAUUACGAGAGCAUCAUGGUGAGCUACAACAAGAUCUACUCGGCCGCCUUCGCCAAGAAUUCCGAGCGCGAGAUGUACGAGCUUUCCCUCAAACGCGAGGUCGACUCCAGCAAGACGCCCGGCGCCGAGGAGUGGCGCAUCUGGUCGGAAUACCUUGCGUGGGAGACAUCGCAGCCGCGGAAGAAGCUCGAUGAGCGGCUGGCUUCGGCACUGUACGAACGUUGUCUGCUCCGCUUCGGCGAACAGGCAAAGGUGUGGGAGGACUACGUGUUUUUCCUGCUGGAGAAGGGUCAGAACACCAUGGCGAAGGUCGUCUCGGUGCUGCAACGCGCAACCCGACAUUGUCCGUGGUCCGGGGCCCUGUGGGCGCAAUACAUCGUCGCUCUGGAGAAGGGGUUCAAGCCGUUCGAGGAGGUGGCGCAUGCCAAGCACAGAGCCACGAAGACGGAGCUGCUGGAUCUUGCCGGACCCGAGGAGGUGUUGAUGGUGAACAUUGCGUGGUGCGGGUUUCUGAAGCGGAGGGCAUUCGAGCACGAUGCCGCCGAGGAGGACCACGACAUGGCGGAGAUGGGAAUCGGCGAGGCCGUGACCGAGGUCGAGAACGGAAAAUUCCAGGACCCGGAUUACCGACUACAUCGCAUCCAGAUCAAUUUCUACACCGCGGCAAAGAAGUUCGAUACCGCCCGCUCGAUCUGGCAGGAGCUGAGAAAGUCGAAGGGGACUUCGUACGAGUUCUGGCAGAGAUACUACAACUGGGAGUUUGGCCACGGGACCAAGGACCACGCCGCUGCGGUUUUGAAGCGUGCUCUCACCGUCAAGACCCUGGACUGGCCCGAGAAGAUUCUCGAGAUGUGGAGAACCCAUGUGGAGGAUUUCGGAAACCCGACGGACGUGGAAGCAAUGAUGGUCAAGCACAGACGGUAUCUUUUGGAGAUUACGGAGAAGCGGGAGGCGGAACGCGCUUUGGCAAUUCAACAGCAGCCGCCCGAGCCGGUUGCGGCGGAACCAACGGCACAGGAGGAACAGCCGAUAUCACUCGGAAACGGAAAGCGCCGGAGAAGCGAGGCGGGAGACGAUACGCAGCCUUCGCCGAAAAAGGCCAAGUCUGCUGAAGGGUCGGCAGUAGCAGCAGUCGCUGUCCCCGUUGCGGCUGUGGCGUUGGUCAAUCAGGCACCGCCGACGGCUCAGCAGGUUGCCAAGCGUGAUCGCGAGAAUACUACCAUCAUCGUCAGGAAUAUCCCGCCGAACUAUCCUGACGUGAAAGUUCGGCAGUUCUUCAGAGACUGUGGUACGAUUAACAGUCUGAAGGUGGUCAAUGAUAAUAAUGGAAAUUCUGCCACGGCCACUGUCGAGUUUGACGCGAAGGAUUCCGUUGUUACGGCCCAGACAAAAUCUAUGAAAAAGAUUGACGGGUUUCAGAUCGAGAUCCAAGUUGGAACUGGGUCAACGCUUUACGUUACCAACUUUCCCCCGAUUGCCGAUGAGACAUACAUCCGAGACCUCUUCAAAGACUUUGGUGAGAUAGUUGAUAUACGGUUUCCCAGCUUAAAAUACAACACGCACCGUCGGUUCUGCUACAUCCAAUUUUCCUCCUCCGAGGCGGCACACGCAGCCACGAGCCUGGACGGCAAACAGUUGGGAGAGAAGGAAUUCCUUGUGGCCAAGAUUUCGGCGCCAAAUCAGAAGAAGGAACGGACCAGCGCCACUGCGGACGGGCGAGAGGUUUACAUCCGCAACAUCGAUUUCCAGGCUAGGGAGAGUGAUGUGCGCGAUAUCUUCUCCAAAUACGGCAGGAUCGAGAAAGUGCGUUUACCACCGGGGCCGAAGAAGGGAACACACAAGGGAUUCGGAUUCGUCACGUACGAGUUUAAGGAGGAAGCGGAUGCGUGCUUGGUCGAGAGCGGAACCAGGUUGAAGUCGAGGGAGCUCGAGGUCAGCAUAGCGCAGUUGAACCCUGCAAAGUUUGUGCCCGGGAAUGCGGUCAAUGCUGGGAGAUCGAUGUCGCCAGCUGUACAGCACGAUAACCACUCCACCAACGGCGCCAACGCUUCACAGAGACCCGAGGGGGAUGAAGGAGCCAGCGGAACGCCUCCACCGGAUUUUGAGACGAUCAAGAAGAAGACGUUGGGCAUCAUGAACCUAUCCGAUACGGUCAACGACGCUCGUCUCCGCACACUCUUCGAGGCCUUUGGACCGCUACGGAAGAUCGCGCUGCGGCCGGCACACCAGGGCGCAAUCGUCGAGUACGAGAACAUUGCCGAUGCUGGAAAGGCCUCGCUCGCACUCGACGGAAAGGAGCUCGACGGAAUGAAGAUCCACAUCGGCGACUUGCCCGAGCUGAUGCAUCGCCAGCCGGAGAAGAAGCUCACCAAGGGCUUCGAGAAGAAGAAGCCUGCCCCGACAGCUGCAAUUUUAGUGCCGAGGAGUCAGACAUUAGGCGGAGGGAGGGGAGGAAGAGGCGGUGGUGGCCAGAGACGCGGGCUGGGAUUCGCGCAUGCAAUGUCGAAAAAGCCGGCUGCACCUGUAGAUACGGAGGGGAAGGAGGCCGCACCAGAGGCGGAGAGGAAGCCAGGAAGCAGUAACGAUGAGUUCAAGAAGAUGUUUCUUGCUGGGCGGUAG